UAACAGACAGCUGCGACAACGAAACAACCUUCCUCUUCUCGCCCAACCCCUGUCUCUUUCUAUCUCUCCUCACUUUCUCUUUCUACCUUCACUUCGGUCCUAAACCCAGAAACCCAGUUCGAUGCAUUAAGGAAGAAGGCCCAACAAUGGACUCUGACGAGAGAUUGACUGAUUUGAAGAAGGCAUAUGCAGAUAUAAUACUGAAUACAGCGAAGGAAUCGGCGGCUCGGAUUUUGGUUUCGGAGCGAAAAGCUCUUAGGUUUCAGCACGAGCUCAAUGUCACCAAAGAGCAGGCGCUUCAGGUGCUACUUCGUCUCAAACUAAUGGUGGAUUCUAAGAUGAGUGAAGCAAAGACAACAUCAGUGAGUCAACAGAAAAAAAUUGAAGAACUUGAAGCACAACUUCAAGAAGCUGAGGAUAUAGUAAAAGACCUCAGAGAAGAGUUGAGAGAAGUGCAGGCUGAACUGGAGAGGGUGAGAAAGAACAAGUUACAUCAUUUUGAUGAAUAUGAUACUAUUAAUCGGGAACCAACAUUACAUGAGAUCAAACUAAGUACUUCUCAGUCACUUGAAUCCUUCGCAGCUUCUGACAUGAAGAAUUUAGCUUUCAAUCAAAGAAAUGAGGUCUAUAAGUUCUACAAUGUAAAUGAGAAUUGUAUCGGGAAUUGUUAUGUUGGUAAACCCGAUCUUCUUCCCUCUUCCUCAGAGGAGAACCGACUAAAUACUUCUUCUCAGUCUGUUAUGUUCCCUCCUCCAGAAUCACGACUUGAAUCUUUCGCACCUUCUGACAUGAAGAAUUCAGUUCUCAAUCAAAGAAAUGAUUUCCGUAUGGGGAAUUCCUAUGUUAGUAAACCUGAUCUUCCCUCUAUAAUACUGAGAAGCAAGGAAAGUGAGCCAUAUAGAAAUCGACGCACUCAGAGAAUUCGUGCAUUCGAAGAGAAACUGAUGGCUGGAGAAUUGGCCUUUUCUGACAAAAUAGAUGAUGUAAAUCAUGAAACAGGUGGCAGAGAAGGUGAAGAAGCCAUAUGUAAAACAGAGGAGAAAAUAAAGUCUUUUCGACAGAAAAGGAGAAGAGUUGCUAGAUAUAAGAAAACCAAAACCGCCUCAACUAAGCGUCUCUCUAAUCUAGCCCCGAAAAAGGAUCAAACUUCUGAUAUAUCUUGUACAGUGGUGAAUUCUGUCAAUAAUGAUGCUCAAUCUGGUGGAGACCCUUCUAGCAUGGCCCAAAGAUUUUCGGCAGAUACAACAGACAAGGGCACACCAUUGGGAGGUACGGAAGCUACCGAAAGUGAUACGGAGUUUGUUAAAGGUGUUAGUGUUGAAAACACUACAAACGAUGACAAGGCGUUGCAAAGUGGAUCUGCAGGGGUUCCAAGUUGUGGAAUGGAUGUCGAGGAAGUUGAUAUGCCAGUGAACUUGGAGACAAAACCAUCUGGCUCGAGUAAUGGGAUUCUGAACCAACCUGUAACUCGUAGGGAUAGGGUUAUCAAGUACACAUUCCAAAGGAAACGAAAAAAAGUAUCUUUGAGCAGCUCUGACGUGAAUGCCUCUCUUGAAAACAGCAUUAUGAGGAAAAAGGAAGAAGAGAACCAAGAUGGUCUGCUGGAGACGGAGAAGUCUAGUUCCAUAACUGAUUCAACUCGAGACAGUCGACGUGUAGCACAGGUUGCUCGUCAGCUCGUAUCUUUAUCUGAGAAAAAAUGGUGGCAGUAAAUCUGGUUGUCCAUGCAUCGAAAUGGAAAGGGCUCUUAGUGGGAGGGGUAAACAAAUGCGAUGAUGCUGUGAAGAUGGCGUUUCACCAAAGAAUCCUUUCAAACAGCCUGCUGCUUCAUGAGAGAGUUGUUGAUGAAGAAGAGAGUGUGCAUCCUUGAGUUACUAUUUUAUGGGCAAAUUACUGAAUAAAAUAUUACAAUGGUUGUAUCUCUUGUAUGUUUUGCUUUUCAUGGUAGUAGGUUAUCAACUGUUUUUGUUUUUGUUGUUUUUGGUUUUGUGGUGGUGGUGGUGGUGGUGUCAUCUUUGACUUGGCUUUUUGAAGUUAUAUAUAUAGCAUUUUGCAUGUUUUAAGUUUGGUUC